AUGUUGAUGGUAGGUCAUAACGAGCUGUAAUGCACAAAUAUUGUAUCUAGAAUAACUUUCCAACAUGGACUUUUUUAAAGUUAUCUCACAUGUUGUCUCAUAAUUUUUUUUAAGUCUGCCAUGUACAUCGUUAUGGAGUCACAGUUUGACUACUCAGUUGUAAGUACUUUUCAACACGCAGUGUCAUCCUCAAGAUUGUAUUUUGUAUUGUGCACUAAAAUGAAAUACAAACAACAAUUUCAGCAUGACAUGCCUGUUUGGCGGCAAUGGUGGUGCCUGUUGCUCCUGGAGAACAAUUCUUUGAACAGGUAGACAGUUUAAGUAAACUAGAUGUCCUAAUUAACUGGAAGACAAUCAAUAUAUUGUACUCAAAGACAUAUUGUCAUUACAGUUGUGGGAAAAUCUUCGCCCACUGGACCAAAGAAUGUCAAGAGCUCAUUGCUGGAAAGCAUACUCCGGUCUUCAGUCUAAAGAGGAAGGCAGAGCAGCAGGACAUAGAGGUUAGAAAAUUGCCUUGUAAAAACAGUAUUAUCUCAGUGGGAGUCCUUCAAAAUGCACACAGUUGUAUGGAUCAACAUCGUCUCGAUGUAUUUGGUAAUUGAUGUUACUUUUCAAAUUGCCUUGUCAAGGAAACCAUGACGCAGACGGUAUCGGAUGUCCAAAGAAUGUGCAUGGCAGAUUCAAUGCAAUUCUGUGUCUACCAGACAUCGAACAACACAGGAGAGAGGUGUGUUGCAGACUCAAUUUAA